AUGGCUGCUUUGGCGGCAGGCUCCCCCACGAAAACGCCAUGCCGCCAAACAAACAGCACCGACAGCGGUAUUAAUCCCGCAAUUUACGACGGCUCCUGCUUUUAUCCUGUGCCAGACCCUCACUUCCCGGACGACCUCUCCGAGUACCUCGGACGCUGGUAUCAGGUCGCGGGGACGCCGGCCAUCUUUACAGCGGGCUGCCAGUGCACCACCGCCGACUACGCAUUGAACGACGACGGCACGGUGAGCGUAGACAAUGCUUGCAAGAUCUUCGGGUUCAUCCCCAACGAGAUCCAGGGGUCGGCCGCCAUCGUUGACAGCAAGUACGGCAGCAAGGGCGUCUUUCAAGUCAGCUUCCCGAUCAUCCCGGGUGGUGGAGUCACCUGCCCCGGACCGAAUUACAUUGUGCAGAAGUAUGACCCGAACUGGGCCAUCGUCCAGAGUCCAUCCUGGGGUGAGCUGUUCAUUCUGAGCCGAGUUCAAACACCCACCGAGGUGGAUUUGAAAGCAUGGAUUGCAGAGGCAGUCAAGCUUGGCACAAACGAGACUUUAAUUAAAACGAUCAUCCAAAGCAACUGUACCGGCUCAUAA